AUGGCGACAAACGGCAACGUCACCCAUACCGACCAAUUCUCGGGAGGUCCUACUGCCACAACUUCCGGAGGCGUUGCUCCUUCUGUUGACCAAACAAGUACUACCAGCUCCAACAACAAUCUUGGAAAGGAUGAAGUUGCCUGGUUCUUCGUCGAGCAGUACUACACCACCCUCAGCAAAAAUCCGGAGAAGCUUCACCUUUUCUAUUCAAAGCGCUCUCAGUUCGUCUAUGGCCUAGAGGCUGAGGUCGCCAACGUUUCUGUUGGUAGACCGAACAUCCAGGAGCGCAUCAAGCAGCUAGAUUUUCAAGACUGCAAGGUUCGUGUCUCCAACGUCGACUCUCAGGCCUCGUACGACAAUAUCGUCAUUCAGGUAAUUGGUGAGACUUCCAACAAAGCCGGCGACCCCAAGAAGUUCGUUCAGACUUUCGUCCUUGCCCAGCAGCCAUCCGGAUACUUCGUCUUGAACGAUAUUCUUCGAUACAUAGACGAGGAAGGUGACGAGGAGCCGGCUGAAACUGCCCAGGAGGAGCAAGUAGAACCUGCGACCCAGGCUGCCCCGGCAACCAAGGAGGAGCCAGAAGCACAGCCCGCGGCACCUACUGAGGAGCCUGCGUCGUUUGAUGCGGGCGCUGUCGACAAGAAAUUGGAGGAUGUGAGCGCGACUCCCGAAGACAGCACUCCGACCAAUGGUGACGUAGCAGCCGAGACGGCCGCCAGUGAAACGCCAGCGGCCCCAGAGCUCGCUAAAGAGCCGGAAGCUAAGACUACUGCACCUGAGCCUGAAGAGACGACCCAAGAGAUCGUGGAAGAAGAGAUUAAGGAGCCAGAGCCAGAGAAGCCUGCCGACCCAAGCCCGACCCCUGCUCAAGUACGCCAACCCCCCGCAACCACUACAGCAGCGCCUGCGGCUCCGGUUCCGACUCAGCCACCUAAGCCCAUGACCUGGGCCAGCCGAGUAGCUGCCGGCGCGGGUCCCCGACCUGUAGUGCCUCUUCCGACGAAGCCGGCAACUCCUGCAGCCCCUGCAGCCCCUGCAACAGCGCCGCAAUCACGCCCGGCCGCACCCACCCAGUCAGCAACAGCCCAAGCUCCCGCUCCGUCCCAAAGCUCCGAGACUGCGACCCCCGCUACGCCUAGCAAAGAGACAUCUACGGAGUGGCAGACAGCUGGCAACGACUCGAAGCGACAGAAUAGACCCCAGUCGAUUUCCGGACCCCAGACUGACAAGGAUGGCACCAUGGGAUAUGUCAAGUACGUCACGGAGAAGGUAAAUAAGGACGAAUUAAGGGCGUCAUUAGCACAGCAUGGUGAACUAGUCUACUUCGACAUCAAUCGCCAGAAGAACUGUGCCUUCGUGGAAUUCGCCACGCACGCAGGGUACCAAGCUGCUGUAGCUGCGAAUCCUCACGUGAUUGACGGAGAGAGCAUCGUCGUGGAGCCCCGCCGCCCCAAAGCAGGCGCUUAUGGUGGUAGUAACUACAAUUCAGGGCGGGGAAAUUUACAGAAUCGCCCGGGGGGACGCGGAGGAUUUGAAGGGCGGUCUGGCAGUCAGGGUGGACGAGGUAACUUUGGAGGACAGGGUCGUGGUAGAGGUGGCGGCGGUGCGCCUCGAGGCCGAGGUGCCUCGCAAGCUACGAAUGCAUGA